AUGGAUCUCUUGACAUCUCUAAACAAGGCAACUAAAUUUGCUCUCUUGGGACUCACACAGAAUCCACACUUAAAGAAAAUACUUUUUGUUGUCUUUUUGUUCAUUUUCCUAUUUACUGUGUUGGCCAGUCUACUCAUGGUCAUCAUCAUCUCCCUCAUUCCCACACUUUCUACUCCCAUGUACUUCUUUCUCACUCACUUGGCCUUCAUAGAUGCCUCCUACACAUCCGUCACCACCCCUAAAUUGAUCACUGACCCACUGUACCAGAAGAGAACCAUCUCCUGGGGUGGCUGCCUGACCCAGCUCUUUUUGGAACAAUUCCUGGGAGGAUCAGAGGUUAUCAUCCUCAUUAGGUCACCAUCCCCAUUGGUCAUCGCCUAUGACCACUGUGUGGCCAUCUGCAAGCCUCUGCACUAUAUGACCAUCAUGCGACAGGGGCUCUGCCAGCUCCUGGUGGUGGUCUGGACUGGGGGGAUCCUGCAUGCCACUGUGCAGAUUCUUUUUGCCAUGGACUUGAUCUUUUCUGGUCCCAAUGUCAUUGAUCAUUUCAUGUGUGAUUUCUUCUCACUGUUGGAACUUGCCUGCAAUGAUACCUAUAGGCUUGGUAUGGUGGUGGCAGUUAACACAAGGGGGAUGCUGCUCAUCUACUACAUAGUCAUCCUGAGCUCCCUGAAAUCCCAUGGCUAUGAAGGACGACACAAAGCCCUCUCUAAGUGUGGUGCCCACUUCACAGUAGUGGUAAUGUAUUUUGUCCCUUGUAUAUGCACUUACACACAUCCUGUGGCUGUUUACCCUGCAGACAAGUGGGUGACUGUGUUCUUUGCAAUCCUCACUCCUAUGUUUAAUCCUAUCAUUUAUACAGUGAGAAACAUAGAGGUGAAAAGUGUCAUAAGGAGUUUGUUGAAGAGGGGAGUAAUUUAG